ACGGCGAGAAGGAAUUUCAUUCUUGCGCCCACCUGCGGCUUGACCGCCUGGCAUUAACCCCUUCACCACCCCAGGGGAUGGAGGGAGGUGCCCCCCCUGGUGCCCCCCAUGCGGGCAGCGGAGUGGGCAAGGAGUGCGACAGGGCAGCAUUUGGUGCAGAUGGUUGGCCGCAGCUCUGGGCAGGCCUGUGACAGUGCUGAUGGUUGUUGUGGGCACAGCACAGUUUAUCCUGGCAGUCCCCUAUUAGACAAACCCUGUGCAGGGCCUGUGGAAUAUGGAGAAUGGGCAAACCAUGCCAACCCCCCACCCGGCUGCCCUCUGCAGCACAACCACCUUCCUGGGCUGCUCCUGGGAGUGGGAUGGUGGGGCAUGGAGAGCUCUGUUUGCCCACGGAUGUUUAUUGACAAUUUGCAAAUGUAAAACAGGACCGGAGGGGGUUGAGAUCUUUGCCUGUGGUGGGGUGAGGGGAGCACAGGGCCUGCUCACAGCAUCCUGCUGGCACCCCCAGCUCCGUCCCUUGUUCCCCAGCCUCUUUGUGCCCAGCUGGGCCCUGAGCAAACGGGGCUGUUUGCUCACUCCGGGAUUAGCUGCUCUCUUUGUUCCUUUGACUUUCUCUUCCCUUUAUGCCGGACCCUUUUAUGGGGGCUUCAAAGGGGGCUCGGAACCACCACCUCCACCCCCCCCCCCACUGCCUGCAGAGCUCAUGUUGGUUUCCCGUGUCUCACUGCUUUGCAGCAACAUCCUGGCGGUGCCUACUGGGGACACCUGGGUGGCCCUUGGGGACAGCAGCUGUGUCACCUGCCCAGUCCUCCCCCACUGCCUGGCACCUCCGGCUGCCCUUGGCACUUGUUGGAGUGGGUGUGAACGGCUGCUCGCCACAGCAGGAUUCCCGGCACUUUGCACCCUGUAAGCAGAGGUGGGAAACACAGCACUGGGAUCCAGCCAGCUGCACAGCUCCGUGUCCCCCCAGGACAGCACAUCCCAGCAGUGCCAUUCCCAGCAGGAAAACAGUGAGCUGCCUGCUGGCAUUGCUGGAAGGAACAUUUUGGGGUGAAGGGCACCCUGCGGUGCUCUGGUGUCUUCUGGCAUCCAGCAGGCAUCCUGCCACGUACCAGCUGCCCCUUUUCCCUGAUGAGUUUUUCGCCUAAUUAUGAAGGUUAUGGGGCACUGCAGAACUCCAACCCAGCACCGUGAGGGGCAACGAGCCCAAAGAGGGACGGGGACCAGGGCAUAGUGUUGGGGACCGUGAGAAGGGAUCAGAGUUGGGAGUGAGGACAGAGCUGUCCCAGGGUGCCAGCAGGGUGCGUUUGCAGCCCGUCACGUCCGCAGAGCUGGGACACGGCCGUACGGGGAAGCCCAGCGGUGUUUGACCCCAGUGCUCACAGCUGCCGCCAAACCGUGCUGCACUGCGUCACCAGCGCUGCCCCCAUAGCCAGAAUGGGGCUGCCGGAACCCACCAGGACCCCCCGCCGCUUGCAAGGACCACCUUUGUGCCACAGAUAGGCACGGCCACCGUUCCCAGCACCGAUAUCCCUCUCGCAGAUCACUCACGCCCAGGGCGAGGGGCAGGUGAGUGCCUGAGGACGCCCUUCCCGAUCCCGGAGCCAAGGGAGGAAGCGGCUGGAGGCAGGAAGCCGUCCCCAGGGCCCCCGGAGCACUUUUGCUCGAAGGUCAGCAGCAACACAACAGGAAAUCACGCUGCCUCGGCACGGCGGCCGGGCCAGAGUGCUGCGCCGUGCUGUGCUGCCCGAGGGGUGUUCCCAGCCCCCAGUCCUCCAUCCCGGCCCGGCGGCUUGCGGGGGGGGCCCGCACCACAUCUGCCCUCCAUGGAAGGGGGACGGGAGCCGGGGAGCAGCCGCAGGCCCCAGGGCAGAGGAUGCAGGGCUGAAGCCCCCAGCAGAGCAUGGAGCUGAACAGUGAGUGCGGGGUAAAGGGGAUGGGCAUGAGUGGGAAGGGGCACUGCUGUGGCAGUGGAAAACCAAAUCACAGCCCCAACCUCCCUGGCACAGGCACAGCCAUCACCCCACAUGUUAGAAGCGAAUGCCAAGGGUGCCUCUGGUUUGGUUGGAGCUGCCCACUGCCAGUUUGGCAUCUCCCUGUGUCCAGCCUUGGCAGCAGGUUCUGCCCAAUCUUUCUGGGGACAGGUGCAAUGCUGAGGUGGUAACAAAGGACACAGGCGGAUGGACGAAGGGCUCUCAGAGAUGGCAGUCACCAGCAUGGAGCUCAGAAGUCAGCCAGCUGAGGGGUGCCUGGGGCAGCAGCAUGCCCAUGGUGCCAGCAGAGACCACACACAGGCGAGCCCUUGGCUGCUGCAGUGGCGAGGAGUCGACGUGCACUGCAGGAGGCUGCAGGCAGGGAUUCCCCGAAAUGCACGUGACAGCCAGAGCUGCUCCUGGCACAAACUCCCCAAAGGAAGGCCUGCACAGGGAACACAGCUCAGCUGCCUGCCUGCUUCCCAGGCUGGAGCUGAGCCUAAAACCCAGCACUGAUGCUUGUCACUUCCCCCCAGCCCUUCUGCACUGCUGGGAAAUCCCAGCUCUGCCCAGAAUCAUGUCCCCAGAAACAGGAGGGAGACAAGAUCCUUCUCAGCCUCCAAAACCUCCUCUUGUCCUACUACAAAGCAAUUCCAGACACCACCAGACCAGGCAGAGCAGUUGCUGCUGUAGGCGUUACCUGAGCUGGGGCUCUUUGAGGAGGGUGGCCAGGUGCCCAUGGGUAUCUCCUUCUUUCCCAGGACUACUGCUCCUCACAUCUUUUCUCCUGCACAUCAAAGAAGGCCAUGCCAGGCCAAUGGGGCCGGUCUGCGACAAGAGACUGAUCCAGAAGUACAUCGGGGAGGCCAAGGACAUGGAGAAGAGAAUGGUGAGGAAGCAACGCCUCCCAAAACCCAGUAUCAGGCUGGGCUGGCAGAACAGAGCUGGAAAAAACUCCCGGCGUCUCACCACAGCAAUUCUUCUCCCCCAACAGAGCGAGUGCCAGGCACUACCCACACUCAGCUGCCCUGUGGUUCUGCCUUUGGUGGACUUCAACAUGCGACAGUGGAAAAGCAAAUCGGUGAGAGGGGCUGGGAGGAUGGUGCUGGGGUGCCUGUGGGAGUUGAGAAGGAGCCCCUGGGUAAGCAGAGGGAUGCGGUCACCAAACAAGCUGAACAAGAGGCUUGUAGAAACAGUUGGUGGCACAGGAGCAUUGUGUGGAGAUGAGGUGGAGGAUCCCUCCACAUCAAGGGUGGGCAUGGGAACGAUGGGCCUGCAGCCCUGUGCCAGCGGGGUCAGUACACACACUGCUCCACAGGAUGAGAUCAAGUGGCGUGAGAUCCUGUGCAACCUGGUGCUGCUGGUGGGUGCUGUGACAGAAGCUCAGGGCCAGGUGAGCCAGGAAUGUGGAGCCAAUCAGCUGAGACAGCUCUAUCGACAUGCCAACUCCUUCCUCCUGCUCCUGCAGACCUUUGGCUGGGAGGAAGGGCUCUGCUGCUCCCCCAGCUCCAUUGAGCAGACUCAAGUCACUGAGAUCUUCCUCACCUACCGACAGUUGGUGCAGGGCAAGCUGCGCUUCUUCUUCCACAACUUGGCUAAGGACUCAUGUGACUGAGAUUGGGGCAAGCAGGGACCUCCAGCCCAGGGCCUGAUGAAGCUGUACACAGGAUUCAACACUGAUAAGAGGUCAGAGCAAUCCCAUAAGACAAUGAGCCGUGCUCUGGGUGCCCAGGAAGGUGCCACAGGGAAAGGGUUGGCUCCUUUUCCACAAGCCUUUGGCUAUCACAUGGCUCACAGCCACACCUGUGCAGCACGAGGCACACGCCUUGCUCCUAUCAGACUGUGAAUGCUUUACAAUUAAAGACCUAUUUUUCUAAA